AUGGAGGGCUUUCGAUAUUUUACACAGCGCGUUCCGCAAUCCUUAUGGAACCCCGUGGCAAUGAAACACGCUUUCAUCAUUGCACUUGUGGUGGCACCGUUGUGGGCGUUUUUGCUUAAGCCGCUCUUGGAGAAAUACCACCAGCAGAGUGAACCCCUUCACCUCUUCCUUUGGGCACUGCUGCGAGGUGUUGUGAUGCAGUUCCCCAUACUCACUUCAGUAAAAUUACGGGCGCAAGCAGAACCAAAACCAAGCAGGGGUCGGGAAAGGCCCAGUGGACACACUCCAGAAUUAGGAUCAGCUAAACGUUAUGCCACAGGUGGUAAACCCAUUACAGCAAAGGCACUUGAUGACUUAUUCCGCUCACCCGAUUUCGAGGUUUGGUACGGUCAACACCGCCAAUCUCUACUCGAAAAGGUUCGUAUUCGCUGCUCACAGCAGUUGUGGGCGUCAAUCGCCACGCUUGCUGUUUUAGUGUUUGGUGCCUUUGCUCUUCCGCUUUUUAGCUUCUCCAAUGAGGAAAAGACGCUUUACGCCGUUCUUCGGCCAUUUCUUACUGUCCCUACCUUCAAGGUCAGUAUAUUCACCAGUGGUAAGGACAAGAAAGAAAUCAUGUAUUCAGUUAUUGCGCAACUUACUGCUUUGGGCCACGCUGUUGUGGUGCUAGUAGCGGCCUUCGCGCUUUUCACUACAUCUUUCAUGCCUGUUGGCUUGAAGCAAACAGCAGCAGCAGCACUUGUUGCUUUUCUCGCUCUUGUUGCAGAGGCCACACGUGUUGAACAAAUGGCUGUAGGUGCGGGAUUUGUGCUUCUCUUUGCCCCAGUGGCGUGGCGUAUCGCCUCUGUAUUUGUGUGA